CACUUGACAUCUCAGAUCUCAGACGUAGUAAAGACUGGUUACGAGUCUAGUUUGGAAUGACAUAUGAUGCUGUAUGAACAUGCCGCAUUACAGGCGCGUCACGACCACGGCAGGCGCAGCAGGACCAGAUCAAUUCCACCUAGUGCAACGCCAGUGCAUGGUCCCGGAUGCUCACAAUGGACAGCCCGAGGCUACUACAUACUUUUGGAAGAGACGCGUCUGCUCGGCUUCAGCUCCAAGGAACAGUUUUGUCACUUUCCGAUACGAUCGGAUCACCGCAGUGCCGUGGAGCAAGGUCAGACGUAAGUACUCUGUGGAUGCUUGUCAGACACACAGUACCGGGGCACUUAGGUUAAUGCAUACAUUGGAUAUAAAAGAUGUUCAAGUUCACAAGGAUGCAUCACCAUAGCUUUUCUGCACUCUUGUAGCCCUGCUCGAAGAUGGCUGCAGCUCAACAAACUUAUCCUGGCAGUGAACUCGAUGCCCUGUUCCCCUCCCCAUCUUCCCCACCGAACGUACUUUCGCCUCCGCGGUAUCCUGGUACUUCCCCAGAAGCAGUCGCAGCUUUGACAUAUGUCUUGAAGGAUAACCAUACGAAGUACCACAUUUUCUCCAACUACCAACGGUUUCAUAACCAUAUCACUCAUCGUGCGCUGGCACUUUAUGCCACGGGCGCGAGUGGAUCUCUGAUCGAACAAUUCUACAAACAGGACAGCACCAACCAGCGCCCAGCCAUCGAGCCUCCUGAGGCUAUCACCGAAGAGAAUUUCAUCGAACAUCUAGGUGACGACAACUUUUACGCCGCAUAUCGAACCUUCUUCAGCAAGGUUGUCAAGGAAAAGGGCCUUAGCACCACCUUAGAGGAAUACAUCUUCUCUAAGAAAUACAACUUUAUAGAGGGACGAGAUGCAUCCACCCAGCCAGUAAUGUUGGCCCGCUUCCUUGGAGCUUUGUUUCAUGCCUUCAUCCAUGUAGGAUAUGGUGCUGAAUUUGGCAUCUCGGGCAUGGUUGUCGAAGGUCUUGCAUUGGCCAGCGUGCAUGAGCACGAGUUCUUGCCGUCGUAUCUUUCCGAGGCUAGCGGCACGACUGCAGUGGAGAGGGCAACAACUCACCUUGCCUCGCUUGUCCUCAACACAGAGAGAUCUAUUACCCCCUUUCAGCUCGAACGACCACAAAAAAAUCAUGCGUUCUCCAUUCUCGCAAAGAUCAUGCAAGAUUCGAAAUUCGCACCGAAGGAAAUCAAGAAACAUUUCAAAGAUUUUGACGGCAUGAUGUCCGAGCAUGGUGAUACUAUAUGGCGCUACGCCGAACAAUGGACGAUCGACCCGUCACAGCCAGGCGAAAUCGAACGUAAGUUAGAAGAAUGUAUUUGGACAAGCACUAUCCUCUACAGUAUCGGCGGAUGGAGCAAAGACAGAGGCUUAACAGCAGACUUUUUCUUCAUGCAUCUCGUCACCUCAAGUCUCUUCCUUCCAUCCCUGUUGCCUUACCUGCCACAAGAUUCGCAAGUUCUUUUGCUUCGUGGAUACUUUGCGUCGACUCUUGGGUGGUGGAUCACACGCGGCUUCCCCAGACUGGAUAUUCAAGGCUGCCUCAGUGCAACUUCGGAUCUUUCGUCAAAGAUCAAGGUCGCCAACCCAUUCCUCCAUAUCGUUCAAUCUGCGAUAACGCACCCAGACAAUCACAUGUUGAAGAUUCAGCGCGCACUUGCGCAUUUCUCUUCACUCUAUGGCGCACGGCCCAAGGGCUCCUUUGGAGGCACGGAAUUGGAGGGUGCAGAAGCGCUGGAUGGAUCGCUCUUCAUUAGGAGCGCGAGAUUGACUGAGGAGUAUAUGAGCCAGGGCACGAGGACCUGGAGCCAAGAAGGGUUUCCUGCAAGGGCUUAGGGCAGAGCGAGGCUUUGAGAUAUAUCUACUAUGAGCACCACUUACUAUUCGAUGCAGUUCGAUUCUACUUUCAAAAAAAAAAUUAUCGAAUAUGUUGAAGUGUAUUGAUCACAGAUCGACCAAGGGACGGCACUGUCUAUUUACAGAGACAUGGAUCUCAAAGGGCUGACUCUCAAAUGAAAAGAGGCCCAUCUUCGAUUGGAGGGCUGAGAGGA